AUGUGUCGCCUUCUUCUCACUCGCUCGUUCGAUCGAAGCUUCUCCAGUAUUGCACCUCCCACUGCAAACAACUUCAGCUUCGGUGGUUGUGGAUUCUUGGUUUCGUAUCACUUGGGCGUGGCGCAGGGACUGCUGGAUGCUGGCUAUAUCCAGGCCAACUCUAAGUUCGCUGGAGCUUCUGGGGGUGCCAUCGUUGCCUUAAGUUUGGCCGCUAACGCCAACAUAAGCGACAUUUUCGAUGAGGUAAAAGGCAUAACCCGGCUCUGUCACAAUCAUGGCACUGUCUGGAAGCUUGAGAAGCGACUGCAGAAGAUGUGGCCUUGGAGAGCCUUGGUGCUAACCGAUGAUUUCCACUCGACGGAUGAUCUAUGUGAUGCACUCAUUGCAUCGUGCUAUGUGCCUUGGUACUUGUCUAGACGAGGAAUGUCUGUGUUUCGAGGAGAAUACCAUGUGGACGGAGGCCUCAUUACUUUAGUGCCAAAAGUGCCGGGAUACACCAAGGUAUGUGCGUUCCCCGGGCACAUCAUUCGUCGCACAGACUAUGAGAUUAGCCCAUCGAUCGAUCCGGACUUCCCCUUUACAAUAAUGCAGUUGGCACGCUUUGCUUUGUUUCCGCCAAGGAUUGAGGUGCUGGAUCAACUUUUCGAAUCGGGGAAGAGAUCAGCGAGGAUUUGGGUGGAGAAGUCAGCAGCGCAAACGGGUGAAAAUGAUACGACCAGAAGCACUAGAUCGUGA